UGGUUGCCUACGCCUUAGUGCUUGGCUUCGCGCAUGUGCAGUAGAGAGUGGCGCGAGCCAGCAGCUUCCGGCCGAAGAACAUGAUGCAAGGGGAGGCAAAUCCUAGUGCUUCCCUUAUUGACAGAACCAUCAAGAUGAGAAAAGAAACAGAAGCUAAGAAAGUGGUUUUAGCCUGGGGACUCCUAAAUGUAUCUGUGGCUGGAAUGAUAUAUACUGAAAUGACUGGAAAGUUGAUUAGUUCAUAUUAUAAUGUGACAUACUGGCCCCUUUGGUAUAUCGAGCUUGCCCUUGCGUCCCUCUUCAGCCUAAACGCCUUAUUUGAUUUUUGGAGGUAUUUCAAAUAUACUGUGGCACCAACAAGUCUGGUUGUUAGCCCUGGACAGCAAACACUUUUAGGGUUGAAAACAGCUGUUGUACAGACUACUCCUCCACACGAUCUGGCAGCAACCCAAAUCCCUCCCUCGCCACCUUCUCCUUCAAUUCAGGGUCAGAGCGUGUUGAGCUAUAGCCCAUCUCGUUCACCCAGUACCAGCCCCAAGUUCACCACCAGCUGUAUAACCGGAUACAGCCCUCAGCUGCAAGGUCUGUCAUCAGGUGGCAGCAGUUCCUAUAGCCCUGGAGUGACUUACUCUCCCAUCAGUGGUUAUAAUAAGUUGGCAAGCUAUAGUCCUUCUCCUUCUUCUCCAUACCCUACAACUGUCGGACCAGUGGAGGGCAGUGGGUUGAGAUCUCGCUACCGUUCUUCACCCACCGUCUAUAACUCGCCUACUGACAAAGAAGACUACAUGACAGACCUACGAACUUUGGAUACUUUUCUUAGAAGUGAAGAAGAGAAACAGCAUAGAGUUAAGCUGGGGAGUCCAGAUUCUACCUCGCCUUCCACCAGUCCUACCUUCUGGAACUACAAUCGUUCCAUGGGAGAUUAUGCACAGACUUUGAAGAAGUUUCAGUAUCAGCUUGCCUGUAGGUCUCAGGCCCCGUGUGCUAACAAAGAUGAGGCUGAUCUCAGUUCUAAACAAGCUGCAGAGGAGGUUUGGGCAAGAGUGACUAUGAAUAGACAACUUCUUGAUCAUAUGGAUUCGUGGACAGCUAAGUUCAGAAAUUGGAUCAAUGAGACAAUAUUAGUGCCACUGGUACAAGAGAUUGAGUCUGUCAGCACACAGAUGAGACGAAUGGGCUGUCCCGAGCUUCAGAUAGGAGAGGCUAGCAUUACUAGCUUGAAGCAAGCUGCUCUGGUCAAAGCUCCUCUCAUCCCGACUUUGAACACGAUUGUGCAGUAUCUAGACCUUACACCCAAUCAGGAAUACUUGUUCGAAAGGAUUAAAGAACUUUCUCAGGGAGGCUGUAUGAGUUCAUUUAGGUGGAAUAGAGGUGGAGACUUCAAAGGACGGAAGUGGGAUACAGACCUGCCCACUGACUCAGCUAUCAUCAUGCAUGUAUUUUGCACCUACCUUGAUUCCAGAUUGCCUCCCCAUCCUAAGUACCCUGACGGGAAGACAUUUACUUCUCAGCACUUUGUUCAGACACCAAAUAAACCAGAUGUGACAAAUGAGAAUGUUUUUUGCAUCUAUCAGAGUGCUAUCAACCCUCCUCAUUAUGAGCUAAUCUACCAGCGUCAUGUGUACAAUCUUCCAAAGGGCCGAAAUAAUAUGUUUCAUACAUUGUUAAUGUUUCUCUACAUCAUAAAAACCAAAGAGUCAGGAAUGCUUGGGAGAGUUAAUCUUGGUCUAUCCGGUGUGAAUAUUUUGUGGAUUUUUGGCGAGUAAUGUGGGUCGUUUUUAAUUCCAAACAUUAGGACUUUUAUUUGAUGGAACCAGGAGUUGAAUCUAAGCAUCUCUGAGUCACUGUGUCUUUUGAAAUAAGAUACAUAUGUGUGUGUUAACAGACUCUUUUAGAUUUAACGAAAAAUUAGCUAUUUUGAAACUUCUUGUUAAAGUAUUUCCUGUGUUCUCUACACCAAAAGACAUUACCUUCACUUUUUUUUAUU